UACAUGAGGGUGGAGCAGCUAAGGAGGACAGCACAAGAUGUGCUGACCAACACCACAGCUGCCAACCAAACAGCAUUUCUGGACAUAAGUCAGCUCAGUGAAAACAAGGCAUCAGCAAGGACCAUGCUGCUGCGAGCAGAGCAGUUACUAGACAACCUGACAGCUGUGUCUUUCAAUGACCUUGGACAGCAAAGUCAAGCUGUGCUGGCCAUGGCUGAGAAUGCAUCACAAGCAGCACAGGGUUUAGAUGCCACCAUAAGCACAGAGGUGGAAGAGGCAACUGCUGUGAAUGACAGCUUGACAGCAGCACAGACUCUGCUGUCCCGUGUGACCAGCACCACGGACAGCACCAAACUGACAGCAGACAUCAUCCUGAAAGCAGCAGAGGAUGUUGAACAGCAUCUCUCAACAGCCGAGGAGCACGGACAGCAAGUAGCUGUCCUGGUCAAUGAGACAGCAAGCCUGCUGUCUGAUGCAGAAAUGACAUUACAAGUUGCUGAUUUAGUCCUUAGAAAUGCAACCCUGGAGUUUGAGCAGACAGAGGCAUUGUUAAAUGGUGAGAGUGGCUGGACAGCAACAGCUGCACAGUUGAACAGCAGCAGCAUCCAGACAGCAGCACAGCUGACAGCUCUGACAGCAGCUAUACAAAAGGCUGAGGCACAUGCAGCUAACCUGACUGUUCAAGCAGAUGCUGUGGACAACGUGUUCCAGACUGCCAGGUUGCAGGGCCAGGCGGCAGUCAACGCCAUCCGCGGCUAUCAGGAGGCCAGUCUGCUGCUCAAUGAGUCGGCUUCCAUAGCACAAGAGGUCAACGCAACGGUCCAGAACCUGACGGAAUACAUCCAGAGCGUUUCCAUAGCAACCCUGGAGGGGAGAGCCAAUCAGUCGUUGGCAGAGAGUCGGGCGUUACAAGAGGAGCUGGAUGGCAGGAACAUGAGUACAGCAGGGCUGCUGCAGGAGGUAAGGUCUGCCAAUGCCAACCUGUCUGCAGCACAGAUGGAGUGGGGAAGUGUCAGGGACCAGCUCCAGCUACUGGAGGGGGAACUGCAGGGGGCAGAGGCAGCAGCACAGGAGGGUGACAUCACAACCAGUCUGGAAGAAGGGUUCCGGUUGGUGGAAACAGCAGCCAAUCAGAGCACAGCAGCAGAGGCUGACAUUGCAGAGGUCAGCAGUGGUGUUGAAGGGGUCAGAGGUCAACUCGUGGUCAUCCAGGAGACAUCCAACAACAUGACGACUAUCGUGGCGGAUCUUCAACAAACAGUUUCCGGAACCAAUGGAACCCUGCAGGCAUUCCUGCAGCAGGUGCAGAAUGUAUCCCAGCUGCAGACAGAUGCGACCACGAUGCAGGCUCGACUGGAACAGCGCAUGGCUCGGCUGCAGACAAAGAUGCUGCAGCUGGAACAGGCUGCCCAGAGGCUCAACUCACCCAUGCACUUUGACAGCAACACCUCCGCCAUGUUGGAACUCCCUGCCAGCCGCAGUCCUGUGUUCUCUUCCAUUGCCAUGGAUACAAGGGUGGGGCAGCUGAAUGAGUCAGCAGUUUUGGUCUAUGGGGAAAACCACCAAACAGCCUGA